AGAGGAGCCCAGAGGAGCCCGGCCCGCGGACCGAGCCGUACCGCCGUGUCAGUGACGGCCGCAGGUGCGCCAGCCGCCGGUCGGGGCAGGACGAGCGGGGUCAGAGUGCAGAGUCCCAACCGCUGGACAGAGGGACCCGCCGGUGACCGUGUGAGUGCACAGUGAGAGCUGCAGCUGACAGCGGGCCAUGGCCGGCCCCGCCGACUGGUGACCGGUCCGUCACGGGACUCUCCAGCAGGCUGGCCCCGACAGGCAGCUAGGCCUCUCUCGCACAACAUGCCCGGUGCGGUCAGUAGGCAGUGCUGGGCCGGUUGCGUCCUCCUUCUGUCGCUGGUCGCGCUGUCCAAUGGCGCGCCGCCGGCCGCCCCGACGACCAGCGAGGACGCGGCACUGCUGGCCGAGCUGGAGGGCACCGCGGCCGACCCGGACCUCUUCAUCGAGGUGCUGUCCAGCCCGAGCUCGUGCCACGUGCGGGUGGACGGGCGCACCGUGCUCUACCGCCAGAAGCGGGACCCGCCCUCGGCGCAGACGGACACGGCCAUGUGGGACCACACGCUGAACGGCAUGUACGUGGUGUCGCUGCACCCCUCCACCGGCGCCAAGACCGGCGAGGCGUACGCGCGCGGCGACGAGCCAAACGCCGCGUUCGCUGCCAUGGAGGAGUUUGUGAGGAGCGUGCAGCCGGGCCGGCUGCUGGUGCUCUGCGUGCUGGCAGAGGCCUCGCUGUCGCUGGACCGGCCGGCCGUGGCGCUGCUGCGCGCGCUCAACUCCAGCUACGCGCCCGACCUGCAGUACCGGUCGCUGUUCGGCAUGGCGCUGGUGCGCGGCGGCCCGGUGCUCGCCGAGGGAUACGUGCUCAACCUGGACGCCGUGCUGUUCUCUCCGCCGGGCGACCUCCGGAUGACGGCGCGCGCGCCCCGGCCGCCCGCCGCCGCCGGCUGCCUCCGCGGACAGCGCGCCCGCUUCUGCGAGCUGCACGACGGCUACCGGGGCCUGUGCGACUGCGGCUCGCCGGCGUGGCUGCGCCUACAGCCGCGCCCGCUGCCCGGCGGCGGCCUGUUCCCGUACCCGAUCGUCAUUGUGGCCAGUAAUCGACCCAAGUACCUGUUCCGCUGUCUGGCCUCGCUGCUGGCCAACCGCGGCCUGGACCGGCAGCGCGUGGUCGUGUUCGUGGACGGCGACUACGAGGAGGUGCGUCAGCUGCUGGAUCUGCUGGACGUGCCGCUGCACCAGCACCAGGUGGAGCUGCCCACCAGCAACGCCGGCUCGCGGAUCGGCGCCAUCUACCGGUACACGGUGCAGCGGGCGCUCCAGAUGUUCCCCGAGGCCGACAAGCUGGUGCUGCUGGAGGAGGACCUCGAGGUGGCGCCCGACUUCGUCAGCUUCUUCGAUCAGACGCACCACCUGCUGGACGUCGACCCGAGUCUGUACUGCAUCUCGGCCUGGAACGACCACGGCUACGAGCACACGGUGGGCGACCCGUCGCAGCUGUACCGCGUCGGCUUCCUGCCCGGCCUCGGCUGGAUGCUGAAGCGCUCCUUCUUCUUGGAGGAGGUGCUGCCGCGCUGGCCGCCCGCCUGGAGCGAGUACGACUGGGACGUGCUGCUGCGGCUGGACCAGUUCCGGCGCGGCCGCGACUGCGUCAUCCCCGACGUGUCGCGCACCUACCACUUCGGCUUCAUCGGACAGCACGUCAACUCGGGCAUGCAGUUCAAGAUGUACUACGACCACGCGCUGAACCGCGACCCGGACGUCCGGCUGCGGAACGUGGACGACAUGAUCUACCACCGGUACGAGGCGCAGCUCAUGGAGGAGAUCAAACACGCCCGCAUGAUCGACGGCAGGACCUACAACAACGAGAGCAGCUGCGACGGCGUGCUGCCGCCAGAGCCCACCAACCACACCUACGUCAUCUUCAUCGUGAUGGAGAACGCGCAGGACGUGCAGGCCUGGCAGAAGGUGUCCACCUGCCUGAACCUCUGGGACCUGGACGUGCGCGGCGACCACCGCGGCCUCUGGCGCUUCUGGUACCGCGGCAACCCCAUCAUGGUGAUCGGCUCUCCGUACGCCGAGCUGAGCGCGUUCGCCGUCCACGAGCACGGCGAGGCGACCAUCUGGGGCGGCCGGCGGUCGGCGCGCCAGGCGCGGCUGGGCCGCUGGCCGCCCGGUCUGCACCGCAGCCGCUCCAGCGACCGCACCGACCGGCUGCGGCUCUCCAGCGCCGCCGUCCGCCGCGCCCAGAUGGAUGUCCACUGAGCACAGAUGGACGUCCACUGAGCGCAGAUGGACGUUCACUGGGCGCAGAUGGACGUCCACUGAGGGCCGAUGGACGUUCACUGAGGGCCGAUGGACGUACACUGAGCGCAGCGGGACGUCCACAGAGGGCCCACAGCAGGGGGACGUCCAGUGAGGACGGGUCACUGGUCAGACGCAUCAGACGCAGCGUCCAACUACCAGGAGUGCCGUCUACGCAGGUUACUCGGCUCAUGGAGAGUUCAGGAAUCAGUGAUAUGAACAGUUUCUUCUUCAGGAAAGGUAUACUUAUUCAUGACUUGUUGGAUGUCUCUGCGAGAAUGCUCAGGAAACAUUGUCAUUACUGGCAGCUUUCGUAGGAAAUUGUAGUGAUAUGGUUGGCUACACCGGCAGCCAACAUUACGAUCCAUGAAUGCGUUAAAUUGUUAAUUAGUCCGCAGGGCGGCUCGGGAAUCUCUGGUAUCUCAGGAUUACGCAUACUUAUCAAAUACCUGCGAAUGUAUGGUGUGCUCAGGAACCCGGCGAAUUGUUAGAAAUCUUUGCAGGGAAAGCUCAGGAAUAUGUAGUUAUCGCAACGAAAGUAUCAGUUAUAUCGUUGAUCGUUUGCUUACUCUGCACGGAGGGCUCAAGAAUCUGUAGAAACUUCUGUGGAGAUAGCCAUCUCAGGAAUGUUGCCAUAAUUAUUGCCGCAUCCCGCGCUCCCGGCUCGAGUUACCAUGGGACUUGUGCCAUCUGAUGUUUUCUCCAGUAUCCGCCGGCCGUCGUAAGGGGCUGUUGACGGCGCCUCUCUCAGCCUGCCCCGCAAUAUAGCGGGCGCGGACCGACCAGUGUCAACAGAAGCGGGCAGUGCAGGCCGCCUGGCGCCUCCUCUUACCGUUCUGCUCAAUAUAGAACCUUCGCUGGCCAAACGAAACGCAAUGAGUGUACUUGGACAUGCAUCGUGUAUAUUGUAAUAUAAGUAUCACCAAAUAUAUCGCGUAGCGCCGGGGC